AAUGUCUAAAAUCACAAAACCCAUUUAAGCACCCAACAAAUUUGUUAAAACUAACCAAGGUGCACCAAUAAAAAAACAAGACUCUGAUUCUGAUGAAUUGAGUGAUGUUCCUCCUCCCCCAAAAAAAUAAUAACAAAAGGCAGUUGUUGGAACAACUAAAGUAGUUGCUAAAGCACCACAAGUAGAUUCAGAUGAGUAAGAUGAACCAGUUAAGUUGGUAUAAACAGUCAAAAAAGGCAGUUUUGAUGCUACAAAGUCAAACACCACAAAUUAAAAUGUCCCUAAGUAGACAUAAAAGAAGCCUGUAUAAGAAGAUGAUGAUUCUGAUGAUGUUCCACCUCCUCCAAAGAAGGGAGCAGUCGUUUAAAAAAAGCCUGUUAAAUAAUAGGAUUCUGAUGAGGAAUCAGAUGAUGUCCCUACUCCCCCUAAAAAAGUGACAGCCCCAGUUAAACAAGCUACUAAACCAGCUGUUUAAACAAAAGUCCCAGUUAAAUAAUAAGUUUAACAAGAUGAUUCUGAUGAAGAAUCUGAUGAUGUCCCUCCCCCAAAAAAACCUGUUGUUGCUGCUAAGCCAGCUGUUUCAAAGCCAGCUGUCUAAACAAAAGUCCCAGUUAAACAAUAAGUUUAAUAAGAUGAUUCUGAUGAAGAAUCAGAUGAUGUCCCCCCUCCUCCCAAAAAGACAGUAGUUGCCACAAAACCAGUAGCUAAACCAGUGGUCUAAACAAAGGCCCCAGUUAAACCAUAAGUCUAAGAAGAGGAUUCAGAUGAGGAUUCAGAUGAUGUUCCUCCUCCACCAAAGAAAGGAGUAGUGCCUGCUAAACCAACUGUUGUUGCUACAAAACCAGCUGCUAAGGCCCCAGUUAAACCAUAAGUCUAAGAAGAGGAUUCAGAUGAAGAUUCAGAUGAUGUUCCCCCUCCCCCCAAAAAAACAGUUUAAUAAACUAAGGCUCCAUAAAAGACUCAAUAAAUUGAAUAAGAGGAUGAAGAUGAAGAUGAUGAUGCUCCUUAACCACCAAAAUAAUAAUAAUAACCUUAAAAGCCAGCUCAAUAAGCUUAAUAAGGAUAAUAAGAUCAUGAAGUCUUUGUAAGGGGACUUUCAUUUGAUGCCACUGAAGAUGAUAUCAAAGAAUUCUUCAAUGAAUGUGGAAAUAUAAACAGUGUUAAUUUGUUGAAAGGACCAAAUGGAAACUCAAAAGGAAUUUGUUUUGUUAGAUUUUCUUCUGAAGAUGCUUAGAAUGCAGCUGUUGAAUAUAGUGGCUCAGAACAUAUGGGAAGAACUAUAACUGUUGAGAAGACUAAACCAAGAGAUUAAAGACCCUAAUAAGGAGGUUAAUAAGUAGGAUCAGGUGAAAGUACAACCUGCUUCAUUGGAAACUUAAGUUUCUAUGCUACUGAAGACUCAUUGUAUCCAGUUUUUGAAGACUGCGGUAAAAUUAAGGAAGUAAGAAUUGCUAAAGACGCAGAAGGAAAGGUAUAAUAAUUGUAUUAAUAUUUUAGUCAAGAGGAUUUGGAUAUGUUGAAUUCUUUGAUAAUGCUUCAGCUCAAAAGGGACUCUCAAAGACCGGAACUGAUGUUGAAGGUAGAGCUAUUAGAGUUGAUCUUGCAAAUUCAUAAUAAAGAAGUGGUGGUGGUAACAGAGGUGAUAGAGGUGGCUUCGGAGGAAGAGGAGGCUACGGCGGAAGAGGCGACAGAGGAAGCUUUGGAGGCGGUUUCGGAGGAAGAGGCCGUGGAGGUGAUAGAGGAUUCUCAAGAGGAGGCAGAGGAAGAGGAGGAAAUUUAGAUGCUAAUGAUAUUGCUGCUAAAAAGGGAACUAUUGCUGGAUUUGCUGGAAAGAAAAUGGCUCUAUGAUA